UUACUCACUUUGAAUCAUCGCGUCGGGGAUGCCAUAAAACGGGCCGCUGUCCUUCAAUUCUGCCUGCUAUCUGCUGCCACCGUCGCCGUUGACACUGGUCUGUUGGCACGGCAGCGCACCGAAGGCUGGGACGUCUGCAAAAAGAUGCCUGUCGUCCAGCCCGAAAAGCUGGUCAAGCUCCAGCAGGCUGGCGACACGAUUCGCAACAUAUGCAUUCUUGCUCACGUUGACCAUGGAAAGACUUCUCUAACGGAUAGCCUCAUCGCCACCAAUGGAAUUAUUUCGCCAAAGCAGGCCGGCAAGGUCCGCUACUUGGACUCGAGGCCCGAUGAACAGGAACGAGGCAUCACCAUGGAGUCCUCUGCCAUAUCGUUGUAUUUCCCACUUCUCCAGCGAAGUGCUCCUGACGCGGAGCCGGAGCAGAAAGAAUAUCUGAUCAAUCUCAUUGACUCGCCCGGCCACAUCGAUUUCAGCUCCGAAGUGUCUACAGCUUCGCGACUUUGCGAUGGUGCGAUUGUGCUCGUAGAUGCUGUCGAGGGCGUGUGCUCUCAGACAGUCACAGUGCUGCGGCAAGUAUGGACGGAAAAGUUAAAGCCUCUCCUAGUCAUCAACAAGAUGGACCGUCUCAUUACGGAAUUGAAGUUGAGCCCAGGCGAAGCCUACACUCAUCUGUCGAAACUCCUCGAGCAGGUCAACGCAGUCGUCGGCAGCUUCGCCCUCGGCGAGCGCAUGGAGGAUGAUCUGAAGUGGCGUGAGCGCAUGGACGAGAAGGUGAGUGCAGCUGCAGCGGCGAAGGCGCAGGAAGAUGAUGCGCGUAGCAGACAGGGCAGUGUCGUGCAGGACGACAAUGGCUAUGUCACGGGUGAUGCCUCGACAGAGUACGAGGAGAAGGAUGACGAAGACAUUUACUUCGAGCCGGAAAAAAACAAUGUCAUUUUCGCCACUGCCAUUGAUGGAUGGGCCUUCACUCCUCGGCAGUUCGCAGCAUUGUACGAGAAGAAAUUGGGCGUCAAGCGUAAUCUUCUGGAAAAAGUCCUUUGGGGCGAUUUCUACCUGGACCCCAAGUCGAAGCGUGUCUUGAGUUCGAAGCACCUCAAGGGUCGGAACCUGAAGCCCAUGUUCGUGCAACUGGUGCUGGAACAGAUCUGGGCAGUUUAUGAAGCUACGACCGGUGGGCCAAACAACAAAGGCGACGAGGCUCUACUUGAGAAAAUCACCAAAAGUCUUGGUAUCAAGAUACCUGCACACAUUCUGAGAUCGAAAGACCCUAAAGCACUGCUAUCUGCCGUGUUUACAAACUGGCUUCCGCUGUCCACCGCUGUCCUUGUAUCUGUCAUCAUGGGCCUUCCGUCCCCCAAAGCAGCCCAAGAGAAUCGCGUACCAGCCUUGUUGGAGAACUCACCUGGCGCCGAGCAUAUCGAUGGUGCGAUCAAGGACGCAAUGACCCAUUCGGACCCGACUAUCGGUAAGCCUAUAGUAGCCUAUGUCAGUAAGAUGGUGUCAAUACCGGAAAGCGAGCUGCCAUCGAAUAAGAGGCGCGGCGGUGCUCUGACAGCCGAGGAGGCUCGAGAGCUUGGGCGGAAGAAAAGAGCGGAAAUUGCACGUGCUCAGGCAUUGGCCAACAGCGAGGCCAAUGUUGACAACGUCGCCGAUGCCUUGAGUACAGCAGCGAUUGGAGACGAAGAUGAGUUGGACGCUCCCGCGGAAGAUGAUGACCAGAAAGAUGAUCCCGAACAUCUGAUUGGUUUCGCUCGUCUGCUUUCCGGCACACUGACUGUCGGAGACGAGGUAUAUGUCUUGCCACCGAAAUACACCCCUGCGCAACCGCAUGCCGAACCACUGCCGCAGAAAGUCACGGUCACUGCAUUGUAUCUGCUCAUGGGACGUGGGCUCGAGUCACUGAACUCAGUACCUGCUGGCAACAUUGUCGCCAUCGCUGGGCUGGAAGGCGCGAUCCUUAAGUCAGGCACAAUCUCCUCGCAAUUGGAAGGAGCGCCGAAUCUGUCAUCCACCACAGCCAUAUCUACCAAUGCACCUAUUGUACGCGUCGCGCUUGAGCCGGCACAUCCUGGAGACCUGGACAAGAUGAUCCGUGGCUUGCAGUUGCUUGUUCAGGCCGAUCCUGCCGUCUCUUACGAACAACUUGAAAGCGGCGAGCACGUGAUACUGACAGCGGGCGAACUGCACUUGGAACGCUGCAUGAAAGAUCUCCAGGAGAGAUUCGCGAAAUGCGAGAUCCAAGCUGGCGAGGCUAUGGUGCCAUAUCGAGAGUCUAUUGUCAAAGCCGAAGAGAUGAAAGAGGCUAGCAACCCUGCGCUUGGUCGCGGCAGAAUUGAGGGUGUCACCUCCAGCAAGCAGUUGACCAUCCGCCUAGCAGUGCGACCCCUCCCAGCGCCGGUCACCGCUUUCCUCAUCAAGCACACGGGUGCGGUCAAGAGGUUGUAUUCGGAGCGGAAAGCGCAGGAAGAGGAACGAUCUGCUGGAGCGAACACCAGCGAUCACACAGAUCAGGCUGGAGAGCCCGGUGAGCAGGAUGUUGAAGCUGAAGAAAGCAAUGCUGUCGCCGACCAGGGCCUCUCAAUGACCGACUUCAAGCAACAGCUUGGCGCUGCAUUUAUCGAAGAAAAGGCCGAUCGCGAGAUCUUCAAGGAUGCGAUUGACAAGAUUGCAGCAUUUGGCCCUCGGCGCGUUGGACCGAAUGUUCUCAUCGACACGACAGCGGCUGGUGUCUGUGGAAGAUUCUUCCGCGAAAAUAACGACCAAGCUCAAGCCAACGGCACAUCAGCUAUUGCAGCUCUUGCCGACAAAAUCACUUAUGCCUUCCAACUGGCCACAUAUCAAGGACCACUAUGCCACGAACCAAUGCAAGGUGUUGCCAUCUUCCUCGAAGACGUCAGCACCGAAUUGUCCGAAGAUGAGAUCAGUGCCAACAUGGGCCGUCUCACCGGCGAAGUGCUCCGGACCGUUCGGGAUUCUAUUCGUCAAGGCUUCCUCGACUGGUCACCUCGUAUCAUGCUUGCAAUGUACAGUUGUGAAAUUCAAGCUUCGACGGAAGUGCUCAGCAAAGUGUACAACGUGAUCGGACGCCGAAACGGCCGUAUUGUGGACGAGCAAAUGCUGGAGUCGACGAAUAAUUUCACUGUGCUGUCACUGCUACCAGUGGCGGAGUCUUUUGGCUUUUCGGAUGAGAUGCGACAGAGGACGAGUGGUUUUGCGGCACCACAGUUGGUAUUUGAGGGUUUCGAAAUGAUUGAUGAGGACCCGUACUGGGUACCUUAUACAGAGGAACAGCUCGAGGAUCUAGGAGAAAAGGCUGACAAGGAGAAUGUCGCUUUGAAAUAUGUUGACAAGGUGAGGGCACGGAAGGGUCUGGCAGUGAAGAAGAAGGUCGUUGAGGCUGCUGAAAAGCAGAAGACGCUGAAGAGGUAGAAAACUUUGACUCGUAUAGUCUAGACCGAACGUUUCUCACACAGGGAACGACAGAUAUGGUGUUCCCAUUACGUUGCGGCGCUAGAUGCACGAAAAGCAGCGGAUUGGCAUAUGCAGCUACAAGUCUAUCCAGAAACGCUCACGUAUGGUAGCGCCAUAGUAAAAAAAUAUCAAAGGCGCUGGCGCGAUCACCAGUGCCAGAAAUCCAAAGACGCUGAUGCCCCAACCGUACCCGAGGUCUCGAAAGAGGGACGGCGCAAACACCGGGACAAUUCC